AAAAGCUUCCAUCUUCAAAAUUUGGCAUCCAUAAAAUUAAACCAACGGUUUUUAAAACAAUAAUCAAAUCAAGCAUACUCGUAUACUAUGCAUUUAUACAAAAUAAUCUUAACGUUUUUGUUGUUGUUUAGUGUUGUUUUUAAAGUGACUAGUCUAAAGGAUAUUAAGGAUAAAGCAAGUUAUUUAGUUAGAGUUCGACAGAAUUGUCCUUACUGUACAAGAUAUAUCCGCAGAGUCUGCAGACCGAUCUUUAGUUCUGAAUGCCAGGAAUAUAGAAUAAAUAAAGAUGUUGAAGAUGCCUUAAAACGUAUUCAGCGGUUUAAAGUGAGAAUAGAGGAGAGGGAAGACGCAGAUGACAGCUUUUUCGACGAUCCAUUUUUUGACAAUUCUUUGGAAUAAAGAGUUUUUGUUUUAACAAAUCAUAAUCAUCUAGUUAUUUUAAUAGUAUAAACUGUAUCUGCUUUCGAUUUAUGAUGUUAAAUAAAAUAAACGAAUAAAUUUUCAGUUUGACAUC